CGAUUGCACAUAAAGAUGAUCAAUGCUCGAGAUCUAAAUGGAAGGGCUUGGUGGGCAAAGGCUUCAUACGAGAAAGCUCGGCCCGCCCAAUUUUCUGGUCCGGCCCUGGCCCGCCCGACAAUCACCUCCGAUUACAUCGUAUGUGUCACGACACUUUGCGGUCGGGCAAAAUACCUUCUCCGUUCGUGCGCGGAGACACAGCUCUCACUGGUCCCCGCGCAACGCGAAACGGAGAGCGCUUCGAAGAAGGCGGAAAGAGAGAUGGAAGGAGGUGGCAAGAGAGACGCGGGCGAGUCCCCCACCAAUUCGCAGCAGACCAUUUCUGAUGACGAUGAAAUAGACUACUCAGUCAAACCCGAGUUUUAUGAUCCGGAUCUAGACGAUAAAGAUGAGCUAUGGAUCGAGAAGAAGCGUAAAGGGCGUGCGACCGACGCUGUGCUGAGCUGCCCUGCUUGUUUCACUACACUCUGCCUGGAGUGUCAAAGGCAUGAAAAGUAUGUCACCCAAUACAGAGCAAUCUUCGUCAUGAAUUGCGAGGUUACGAAAGAGAAGGCUCACCCGCCAAGCAAUGCGCACCCAAAAAGCCAAAAAAGAGGGAGAGCAUCUGCUACACCCGAUGCUCACCCUGCCGGCGGAGAAACCCUCAAGCACGUCUGCUGUUCCAUCUGCUCUACGGAGGUCGGUGUAAUGGAUGAAGAGGAGAUUUAUCACUUCUACAACGUGCUUCCCAGCGAGUCCUGACUAGCUUGAGUUCCAUCCCAUCUUCUAAUGCUGCCUUGGUGUACUCUUUUGAAAGUUCAAGGUCUUUGAGCUUGCUGUAAUGUCAAAGUGUUUCUAUAGAAAAAGUUCUAUUCUAGGGGCAGAUGCUUUUGGAGCUGUACUUCUGUAAGCUGGGGGAGCCAGCCUUUGUAUUUCAAUUGCAAUCUAAUCUAUCAAAUUUCAUC